AUGACGACGAGCAACAACGUGAAAGGAUGUUUUGGAGACACUAAGCUGACCAAAGUGUUCGUAGGAGAAUUGGCUUGGGACACUAAGAAAGAAGCAAUGCAUGAUCAUUUCAUCAAGUACGGUGAUAUCUUGGAGGCAGUCAUCAUCUCCGACAAACUCACUCGCCGUUCCAAAGGCUAUGGCUUCGUAACUUUCAAAGAUGCGGAAGCUGCGAAGAGAGCUUGUGAAGACUCGACUCCGAUCAUCAAUUGCCGACGUGCCAACUGCAAUCUUGCCUCUCUUGGUGGACGUCUUCGUAGAUCCCCCACCAUGGCCUCUCCUCAACAAGGAUCAAAGAAUGUGAGUAGGGCCACGCCAGGACAUGUGGCGAAUAAUCAAGUUCAAUGGUUCUAUCCUGCGGGAUUCACACACCAGCAACAUCAACUUCAACAACAACACCAUCAUCAGGCCGUUCCUUUCUAUGGGUACCUUUCAUCCUACGUUUCCCCAAACAUGACCUUCAAUCAAUACUAUGCACAGCCACAGCCGCAGCCACAACCGCAAUAUUACAACCACCAUUAUCACUUGUAUGGUGGAGGACGUGUAAUGGUUGGAAGCCCAAUGAUGCCUCUGUACACUGUCUAUCCUUAUCAUCAAUCUCAGGCCAUCGGUGUUCCUCAACCUUCCUUGACGAAACCUAUUUACACGCAUCCCAUAUCAGGUACAGUUGGAGGAGGAGAUAACAUAAUGAAGAAGACCAUAAGAUGAUAGGGUACAAGCUAUUGAUCAAACGAUUCAGCCCAAGAUUAUUCAUUUUCUCCAUCGCACCAUGUUUUAAUCUUAGUAGAGACAAAUCAUUUUUUUCAGAUUUGAUUACUUUACAUUUUAUAAUUUAUUCAUCAAAGAUAUGUAAUAAAGUUUCCUUCAAAAGAGUAAG